AUGGAGAUAACGGACACCUCUCUAUGUUCCUUCUCAUCUGCUGAUGACUUCUAUGAUGACCCCUGUUUCUCUACUUCGGACAUCCACUUCUUCGAGGAUCUGGAUCCCAGGUUAGUCCACGUUGGGCUGCUCAAACCCGACCAGGUGCCCACCGAGGACGAGCACAUUCGAGCCCCGAGCGGGCACCACCAGGCCGGCCGCUGCUUGCUCUGGGCAUGCAAGGCCUGCAAGAGGAAAACGACCAACGCCGACCGCAGGAAGGCGGCCACCAUGAGGGAGAGGAGGCGCCUCAGCAAAGUGAACGAGGCGUUUGAGACCCUCAAGAGGUGUACGUCCACCAACCCGAACCAGAGGCUGCCCAAAGUGGAGAUUCUCAGAAAUGCCAUCAGGUACAUCGAGAGUUUGCAGGCGCUGCUCAGGGAGCAGGAUGAGAAUUAUUUCACAGUCAUGGAUCAGUACAGUGUCGACUCAGAUGCCUCCAGCCCCAGAUCCAAUUGUUCGGAUGGAAUGUUGGAUUGCAGCGGGCCCACGUGUACCAGGAGAAGCAGCAAUUUCGAGAACAGCUACUUCUCAGAAACGCCAAACGAUUCGAGAACCGGUAAAAGUUCCGUUAUUUCAAGCCUGGAUUGUCUCACCAACAUCGUCGAAAGGAUUUCCACGGAUCGGCCGACCUGUCCGGUUAUGAUCGUCCCGGAUGGGACCAUGGGGAACCCAUCAUCUCCCCGGGAAGGUUCCACCUUGAACGAUCCUACAGCCAUCAUCCCGUCACCGGAGAACUGCACCCGCACCGAGAUUCCCAACGACAACCCAAUCUACCAGGUCUUAUAACGCCUCAGGAUAGUCUCCACGCCCGUUUGUACCCGAGGAAAGAAUUGGAGGCAACGUGAGAGGCAGCAAAUCCAGAGGACGUUUCACAGCCAACAACAGCUAGUAAUCCAAGAACAGACCACUUGACAAAACCUCCCGCCACAAGUACU